AUGGAAGAUGAGGUUUUGCCAAUUCUCUUGUAUAGUUAUCAUCGGUUGAGAGAUCAAAGUCUAAAAAGUUGUUUUUUGUACUGCUCCUUGUAUCCUGAAGAUUGUCGUAUUUCAAGAGGAGAAUUGAUUGAAUAUUUCAUUUCAGAAGGGCUGAUGGAGAGAAGAUUAAGCAUGCUAGAAGAGGAGGACCAGGGUCAUUCAAUACUAAAUCAAUUGGUGAGAGCAUGCUUAUUGGAAAGUGAUUCAAAUGGAUCUGUAAAGAUGCAUGAUUUAAUCAGAGAGAUGGCAAUAAGGAUCACUAAAGAUAACCCGAGGUACAUGGUAAAAGCUGGACUUCACCUAGAGGAAUUACCGGAGGCGCAAGAGUGGACAGAAGAUUUGGAUAAGGUUUCCUUGAUGGAAAACCAAAUAAGGGAAAUUUCACCUGGCACGUCACCCAAGUGUCCAAGUCUUUCCACCUUGAUCUUGAGAGGAAAUCCUCUGCGGCUGAUUCCAGAAUGUUUCUUUAAGCAUAUGUGUGGGUUACGCACUCUCAAUUUAAGUUUCACUGACAUUAAGAGCUUGCCAAAUUCCAUAUUAGACUUGGAGAAACUUAAUGCAUUAUUGCUCAGAGGUUGUUCGAAACUGGUAUCAGUGCCAUCAUUAGAAAAACUCAAGGUAUUGAGACAUUUGGACCUCACAUGGACUAUUAUUGAAGAAGUACCCCAAGGUAUGGAAAGCUUAACCAACCUCAAACGCAUGAGUUUGAUUUGUGAUAAAUUAAAGAAGAUACCGAAGGGGACUUUGCAUGGACUUACACAACUUCAGCAGCUCGAGUUGCCAAAUCAUUUAGAUGCACCAAUAGAAGAUGUUGAGGCAUUGAAACAGUUGGAACUAAUUGAAGUCAGGUUAAAUAGCGUACGUGAUCUCAAUCGGUUAAUCAACUCACGACAAAUUGACAAACAACUCAAUCGCUACAAAAUCAUAUUAGGUUCUGGAGGAAGCACAGAACUAAUGCAUUUCAGUCAUGUAAGUAAAUGUUUAUUUUUUGAAAAAGACAGUUUCAUGGAAUCCUCUUUAGAUAUAGAUGAGAAUAAGCUGCCACGAGACAUUGAGAAUUUAUUCUUUUCAAGGAGUGGCUUGAGUGGUUGCUUAUUAGAUGAAUUUCCAAGUUUAAAUUAUGCUAGAGAUUUAAAAGGAUGCCGCAUAAAAGAUGAGGAUAAAAUAGAGUGCAUUAUGAGGUCUAGUACUGGGGUCCCAUUCCAAAGCCUUGAAAGGUUGGAACUGUAUGACUUGCCAAAUUUAAUUGGUCUCUUCAAGUGGGAAGCAGUUGCACCUCUUCCACCUGGCACAUUUUCCUCGCUCAUAGAGUUGAGUAUUGAAGGUUGUGGUAAAAUAAAGAAGCUUUUCCUUCAGAGUUUGGUACAUAAUUUCCAUAACCUUCAAUCAUUAAGUGUCUGGGACUGUGUACAAAUGGAGGAGAUAAUAGAAGAUGACAACAAUGAAGGGGCUGAUAUCAGUAACGGUUACAAUUUCUUUAACCUGUACAACCUGAACGGUGCUGAUUUUUCGUAG